AUGCCUAACGACUCGGUAGCAAUUACUACGAUUUGUUCAGAUGUGGAGAAUUCCCAAUUCAUGGUCCAUAGCUUAUAUCCUGACGAAGAUAAUUCAGGUACUAGAAAUAUAACCACAUCAGAAAACGAUAUAAAUGAUACUGACAGCUCUAAUAUUCAAUCUGUAGUUACUUUACCAAGAAUUAAAAUCUUAGGUACCGGAGGUACAAUUGCGUCAAAAGGUGCUUCCGCAUCGAAUACAGCAGGCUAUAAUGUUGACUUAACAGUUCAGGAUCUAUUGUCAUCAAUUCCUGAUAUCUCAAACGUGUGUGAACUAGAAUACGAACAAUUAUGCAAUGUUGACUCCAAAGAUAUUGAUGAGUCUAUUCUAUAUAAAAUUUACAAUGGUGUUGCAAAGUCUUUACAAAGUUUUGAUGGUGUUGUUAUUACUCAUGGUACAGAUACUAUGGCUGAAACUGCAUUUUUUAUUGAAAGUACAUUAGAUGUUGGCGAAGUUCCUGUUGUUUUUGUUGGUUCUAUGAGACCUUCGACAAGUGUCUCAGCAGAUGGCCCAAUGAAUUUAUAUCAAGCCAUUUGCAUUGCAUCCAGUCCAAAAUCUCGUGGCCGUUCUGUUAUGGUUUCAUUAAAUGAUCAAAUCUCUGCUGGGUAUUAUAUUACUAAAUCAAACGCCAACAGUUUAGAUUCUUUUAAUGUUAGACAGGGCUAUCUAGGAAAUUUUGUUAACAACGAAAUUCAUUACUACUAUCCUCCUGUUAAACCACAAGGAUGUCAUAAAUUUAAGUUGAGACUACCAUCUGCAAAUGAAGAGCCUAUCUUUAAUUUCCCAAAAGUUUGCAUCUUAUAUGCCCAUCAAGCUUUCACAACUGAUUUAUUAGAGAUUGUCUGUAAACAUUAUGAAGGAAUUGUUAUUGCUACUAUGGGUGCAGGAUCAUUACCAGAAGCUGUUAAUAAGAAAUGCUUAUCAUUAGAUUUGCCAAUUAUUUACUCAAAAAGAUCGAGGGAUGGUAUGGUACCAACCGCUAAUAUGCCACAACCGGAAGGAUCUGAUAAAAGCCAAUCUAAUAUCAUAGCUUCAGGUUAUUUAAGUCCAGAAAAGAGUAGAAUAUUACUUCAAUUAUGUUUGAAUAACAAAUAUUCCAUGGACGAAAUAAGACACGUCUUUAAUGGUGUUUAUGGUGGUUAA